UGGCAGUAGUAGGGCCGGCCAGGGCCCCGUCUUGAUCUUUGUAAAAAUUAUAAUCUUGUUUCUUUUUUAUGCCUAUGGUCGUUUGUCUCGAUAGGAUUAGGUCUAGGGCUACAAGUAGGAGCAACGUUCUGGUGCUGCUGCUGUAGCAUGGACGAAGCUAACUCCCUUUCUCCCUCUAGCCGGGAGAAGAAAUUCGAGGCUCUCCGCGCUGUGGCGAACGAUGCCAGCAGUAUCAUCAACUCGCUAGAAGCCAUUCGCAACGAACACGAACGGCUCAUGGCGCUGGCCACGUGUGGAAAGGACGCCGAUUCAGCUGCAGAAGGGGAAAACAACGCCGAUGGCGCAGGUGCUGCUGCUCAACAAGCGAAGAUAACUGUCCUGCGAAAGUCGCUGGAGAAGAUCGUGCUGCAUCUGGACGAGACACAGGUUGUAGUCCUUCUUGCAGCUCAUCUGCAACAGGUUGAAGAGAAAGCAGUGAAGCUGGAGGCGCAGGUCGACAGACUUUGCGAUGAGAAUGAUUGGUUACGAACAGAAUUGUCUGUCACUCAGCAGCGACUGAACGGCAGCGAAGUCAAGAUUGCACAAUUGGAAGAGGAAAAAGCCCAACUAUUGUUCAUGGAUUCAACCCGAGCAUAUGAAUACACGGAGCCGCCUGAAGCAGGACGUACGUCAGAAAAGUCUGACAAUCACUCACCAAGAUCUUGGGGAAAGCAGAAGUCCAACGAUGCACCAGAUUGUAGAGAAAGCACGCCGACAGGAAGCGAAGGUGGUAAGCAACCGGUGUCAAUGCAAGUAUCCAACCAGAGUGGGACAAUCGGUGAGGACAUUCCUCAGCGGCUGCGCACGCUGCAUAUCCUCAUCAGCCAGUACUCUCAGCAGGGUAGAUUUGAUGUGGCUGUGCCGCUUUGCAAGCAAGCACUUGAGGACACAGAGCGCACUAAUGGCUUCUAUCAUACUGAGGUUGCCACGCUAAUGAACAUGCUUGCCUUAUUGUAUCGUGACCAAGGCAAGUUGGAGGAGGCAUGCAGUCUUCUGCACAAUGCCGUCAAGAUCAAGGAGCACUGUCUUGGAGAGAACCACCCAUCCGUAGCCUCAGCCCUGAACAAUCUAUCUGUCUUGUAUGGAAAACGUGGAAUGUGGGCAGAAGCCGAGCCAUUUUGUAAGCAGGCACUCACCAUUAGAGAAGGGCUGUAUGGCUCAAAUCAUCCAGAUGUUGCAAAGCUACUCAAUAACCUUGCCCUGAUAUCUCAAAACUGCGGAGACUUUUCAGAGAGUGAAUGUUAUUAUCAGCGUGCUAUCGACGUGUACAGUCAUCUGUAUGGAGCUGCCGACACUAUUACAACCAAGACUAUGAACAAUCUGGCUGCCUGUUACCUCAAGCAGAAGAAGCAUGAGGAGGCGAAAGCACUGUAUCGACAAGUUCUGCUCGCUACCAGUCAAGUGCAAACCAAUUUUGGAGCACCAGUUGCCUCGACUGAGCAGCAGAGUACAUCACAAGGUGGGACAUCUACGAAUGUGCAAGCAAGCACUGGUGGUUUGCAGAACAUGUAUUCACCCACAAGUCCGAGCAUGGACGGAGGUGAUUUAACAUCCUCACAUACAGCAAGAGAUCGCAAAGGUACUGACAACAGCGGAGAUGGCGAAGAAACGCUAGCAAAGACAUUUGAUGUAACUCGACUAGUGAGUUCAUCGCCAAUAGAGGAUGUUCUACUGAGCAAUGUGCAUUCAUCGCCAUACCCUAUCUCACCCGCACUGACCAGCAGCCAUACUGCCAGCAGCACUGCCAAUGCAAGAACUCCUGACCGUAGCUCCACCUCAGUGGAGCCUGCCACUGAAGAGCCUUUACCAGCAGCUAAGCGUGUCUCCUCUUUUAGUCGUUUGAAAGGCAGUGUGGGACGAGCACUCGGUAAAGUUAUUGCAUCUGAGAGAAGUAACUCACGUACUCGCCGCUCAUCCUCAGUUCCCAGGCGAGGAUCCGAUCCCGAAGCUGACAACGUAUCUGCAAGUUCUGUACCUAGUGAUAGUCCAUCAACGGCACAGCUAUCAUCUCCACAGCCAGGAGCACCUGCAACAACUAACAAUGCACUGUCACCCAGGCAAGCUGUUCUGCUCGCCACACCGUCUUCAAUCGCCAGGCCAAGCUCUGUUCAGAGUGAGUCCUCUACACCACUACCUCGCCGUGGUCCACUUCGUGCUCUGCAUCAGAACAGUAGGGAUGAUGCCGUUUGACAACACUCACAGCCGCAACUGCCUGCGUUACUGUUAGGAGAUAGAGCAGUCACUGGCUCGUUAUAUUAUUGAAGAAAAUCAGAAUGCCUUUGUCCAAGGUGCUCAUGAUUCCGGAAGCUGGAUGGGAGCCAGCAUGUACUGGAAGUCACAGCUGUACACUGUACACUGUACAGCUGUGACUUCCUACCCCGGCCGAUUGUAUCAGCACAGCAAGUUAUGUCGGCCUGCCAUACCUCACUUGUCAUGCCAGUGACUCUGAUGUAAGCAAGCAAUGAUGGUGGUUGAACCAGCCUUGCUUCGAUGCCACCGUGUGCAACACGGGUACAUUGCUGACUCCCAUCUCUUGCUGAUACGCUUGAGAUCACACCUCAGUGUAGUUCAAUCCUCUUCUCCUUUCGUGUACAAUUCUGAUAACACUGGCAAUACUAGUGUCUAGUGUGAGAAUCAGUGAGUGAGAACCAGUGAGUUUAAAAGAGUUAGUGUGUGAGAAUCAGUGAGUGAGAAUCAGUGAGUUAAGAGUUAGUGUGUGAGAAUCAGUGUGUGACAACCAGUGAGUGAGGAUCCAUAGGAGUGAGAAUUAGUGAAUUGGAGUCAGUGUGUGCAGAGAAGAUGAGCACCGCCUUCACUAUUGUCGAGCUCAUUGAAACAUGAUGAUGAGGUCUAUAACAUAUCCUGCCCCUAUGUCAGAAUUGACUAUGGGCUAUCUUUACUUUUUUUCUUUUUUACUGGAGUACACCAGCAAAGUCCAAAGUCACCGCUGCACCCAGCACAUGCAAAUAAUAAAUACUAGUACUACUGCUACUACAUGCAUGCAUGUACAGCAUUCACUGACAGUUUGAUUAUGACAGCAGUGCUUUCAACUCCGAAAUUCCAGAGGUUUUUUUUCUCAGUACAUGUACAAUGUUAUGUACUACACUGUCUCGGAAUUAUACUAUGUAUAUACAGUACAUGCACGGCACGUAUUCCAUGUAGCCGGACCAGUGAAUACACACAAUGUUACCCAGUCUUGUAUCAUUUCCGCUCAGGGAUUGUCCCUAAAUAUUGACAUUUUUUCUAUAUGGAAAUUGCUAACAAAAAUACAUGUGUGAAAGGAAUUUCGAAAUUUCAUUUUAGAAAACAUCUCUUAUUACGGCCGGCGUCCCAUCAUGUACAGGUGCUUAAAACUGCACAUCACUUUGUGUAUAUCCGAUAUGUCAUGUAGAUACUUGCAAAGCGUGUCAUGGCAUAAUCUGUGUUACGUCACAGCUUUACAUUGUUGCAUUAUUUGCACUGGUUCUGAUUGUGUGUUUAGUUUACACUGGUUUUCCUGUACGUACAAGUCAUGCUAGCAGAGGGUUCCU